AAUGGUAACUAAUAUGAAUAUUCUAACCCUAGGGACUUGAUGCUUAUAAAAAGACAAGAGUUUAAAGAAAUGUAGUUAGAAAAGUAACAUCCACAAAUCUUUAUUUGAAAUUAUUAAUCAAAGUAAUUUGAUGAUUCUUAUUUUUUAUUAGUUAUACAAAUUCUUGGCAAGAAGAACAGACUCUAAUUUUAAUUCAACUAUAUUAAGAAGACUUCAAUCUACUAGAACAGCCAGAUAUCCAAUUAGUGUUAGCAGACUUGUAAAAUAAAUUAAUACAGCUAAAGAUAAAACUAGAAUUUUAGUUGUUGUUGGUACUGUCACAGAUGAGUAAUUAUUAAUACUAUAGCAAUCUAAUAGCAUUCGUUUACUUAAUGUUCCUAAGAUCAAUGUUUGUGCUUUAAGAUUUACAGAAACUGCAAGAAAGAGAAUUUUAGCAGCUGGUGGAAAAGUGUUAACAUUUGAUUAAUUAGCAUAAUAAAAUCCAACAGGUAUUGAUGAUAAUUAUGAAUUUUUUAGGAACAGGAACAAUUUUAUUAAGAGGUCCAAGAAUAAGAGAAGCUUUAAAACAUUUUGGAAGAGCAGCUGGUUUACCAGGAUCUCAUGCUAAACCUUAUGUUAGUAAUACAGCUAAAAAGGGUAGAGGUUCUAGGUGAU